AUGGUCGCCACAGCAGCAUUGAUUGAUGACAGGCCGAGCUGCUUCAGGUUCCCCAAGGAUGAUGGAAUUGGAUCUGUUGUUUUCUCUUUGGUAUUAAAGGAAAACAAUAUACCAAUGGAAAAUGUUAGGAUUUGUUACUCUCCAUUUUCAAGAACAAGACACACCGCUCAAGUAGCUGCUUCUGCUCUCAACAUUUCGCUCGAAGGUCCUCAGUGUAAGGUGAUGAAAGAACUUCGGGAGCGUUUCUUUGGACCUUCAUUUGAACUUCAAUCACAUGAAAGAUACUCGGAGAUAUGGGACCAUGAUGAGAAGGGCCGGUUGAUGAAGCCUGAAGAAGGUGGAGAAAGUGUGGCAGACGUUGCUUCAAGAUUUGCUACUGCUGUAGAAACCAUCGAGAAAGAUUUUCAAGGGUGUGCGGUAUUGAUUGUCAGUCAUGGAGAUCCACUGCAAGUUCUGCAAACAAUAAUCAGUGCAACUGACAAAGCACCCGGUGAGGAUUUCAAGACUAGAGCGGAUGCGGUUAAAGUAGCUUCCAUCUUGUCAAAGCACCGGAAAUUUGCCUUACAUACCGGAGAACUCCGACAACUCAUUAAAUAA